AGCUUAGCCUUGAAUUCCUUCCGUUUGAUACUAUACUGAUAGGAUAAGGUAAGAAACAUAUCGUUACACAAAAAAGAUAUAUUUAGAGCAGAGGCCCUGUGUCGGGCGUUCUGUAGAGAUGGGUAUAGCGUGCCUAGCAACCUUCAAUGGGUUACCACGCGCCUCUGUCAAUGUGAUUUCUAAUACCAAAUUUAGUAUCUGUGCCACUUUUUCUCCCACAAGAUGCGCUGCUGCUAGUCUGAGUUUCUCAGCAUCUUCAUUUGCAGGCGUGACAUUAAGGCCCAACUUGAAUCGCCCUCGGUUGGUAGUGGAGAGAGGCAGCCUUCUGAAAGUAAGAGCAAAGAAGCCUGCCCAUGGUUGCACCAAGAGAUCCAGGUCUCGUAAGUCGAGAGCUCGAACCUAUGGCUUCCGAAUUCGAAUGCGAUCUCCAGGUGGAAGAAGAGUGCUUCAGAGAAGGCGAGCAAAGGGUCGCAAAAAGCUUGUGACUCAAACAUUUCCGAACACUGGAAAAUUUUCUUAACACACGAAUGCAUAUGUGAACAAGAGUUGUCUUUUAUUCACAGACCUUGUGCAGAAAUGAAAUGUAUACUUUGGCAUUUGAUUAUGUUUUUGCACUUUGAUCCAGAUUUAUCCAUGAUUCAUUAGCAUUCAUUUUAAAAUAAAAACUCUUGCAACGUGACAUGCAUUUGGGCA